UAUAUAUAUGUAUAGUCUGCAAGUUCUGAGAAAUGAGCGCUUCACGUGAAGGUAACGCUGCAAUGUCCGUGAGUUUGUGAGCAAAGUUUCCGAGAAACGAUGCCCACCUCAGAGUCUUCUCUAUUUGGCGACUUUGAAAAGCUUUUCUCAUCAAUGGAGCUCCUUUCACUUUCAUUUAAUGCUGUGUAGUGCAGCUUCUCUCUGUUUCCUUCACUUGCAUCCUAGUUGAAGUAGAUGACCUUCCAUUAAUGCGUGUUUCUUCUCCUCCUCCUCAACUUUUCGUGGUUUCUACCAGUUGUCUUCGCCUCAUAUAUGUAGUUUUAAUCAACAAGAAAAACGAAAAAGAGGCGUUCAAAAUGACACUCAUUGGCGCGGUCUGAGAGGACUUUUGGAGUGGAUGGAUAGUAGAUCUCGAGUUAUUAUGUUUUGGAAAGUGUUUGGUUGAGAAGAAAAAGCGCCAAAAAAGAGCAAGAAAAGGUAGGGGGUUUAGAGAUUCCCAGAAUCGCCUGUUCCAAUGUCGCUGUUUAUGGAAACAAAAUCAAACGAUCAUCUCAGGGUAAAAAUAUUUCGUUUUUACAUUUAACCAAAGGUUGUGUUCUUUGGUUGAGUUUCAUGGAACCCCUCGUUUCAAGGUGCUUGGUGCUGUUGUUUCUCUCCUCACUGCUUUCCCUUCCCUGUUGGGUCAGAUCAGGGGAUGCCGAAGCACUUGUGACUCUGAAGUCAUCCAUCGACAUCUCAAACUCGCUGCCAUGGAAACUCGACGCCGCUGCCCAUGUCUGCCGCUGGAAAGGUGUCAAAGAGUGCAUCAAUGGAAGGGUCACAAAGCUCGUGUUGGAGUUCCUCAACCUGACCGGGCUUUUGGAUCAAAAGGCCUUGAACCAGUUGGACCAACUCCGAGUGCUUAGCUUCAAGGGAAACUCAUUCUCCUCCCAGAUUCCCGACCUCUCCGGUCUCCACAACCUCAAAUCUCUCUUCCUCAACCACAACAACUUCUCCGGUGACUUCCCCGCCUCCAUCUCCGGCCUCCACCGCUUAAAAGUCAUCGCCCUUGACGGGAACCAAAUAUCCGGUCAGAUUCCGGUGUCUCUUCUCAGACUUAGGCGGCUCUACACGCUUCAGUUGCAGGACAAUCAGUUGAGAGGGACAAUCCCUCCGUUCAACCAAACAACUCUCCGAUUCUUCAACGUGUCCAACAACCAACUGUCCGGAGAGAUUCCACUGACCCCGGCUCUGGUCCGGUUCAAUGCGUCGGCAUUUGCGGGUAAUUUGAAUCUGUGCGGAGAACAGUUGGAUAAUCCAUGCGAAAGUCACCCACCGGCAAUGGGUCCUCGUCCCGACCAUCCUCCGUCGUCGUCGUCUUCCAACCGCGGGAAAUCGAUCAAGAUAAUUGCGGGGAGUGUGGGAGGAUUUGCGGCGCUGUUAAUCUGUUUGAUGAUAUGUUGGAUCCUCUGCGGGAAGCGUAGGAAACCGGAGGACGAGGCAUCGAGGAGCAAAGAAGUGGGCGUGAGAGUAGAGGCUGGGGAGGAGAGAUCGGGAGGGACAGGGACAGGGACAGGGGCAGGGACAGGGACAACCAGAGGAGGGUUUUCGUGGGAAGGAGAGGGACUGGGGAGCUUGGUGUUCUGCGGAGCAGGGGAUCAGAGAAUGAGCUACAGCUUGGAGGACUUGCUGAAGGCGUCGGCGGAGACGCUGGGGAGAGGUGCAAUGGGGAGUACAUACAAAGCUGUAAUGGAGUCGGGUUACAUAGUGACGGUGAAGAGGCUAAAGGACUCGGCAUACCCGAGUCUGGAGGAGUUCAGGAGACACAUGCACGUGCUUGGCAGCCUCUCCCACCCCAACCUCGUACCCCUCAGAGCCUAUUUCCAGGCCAAGGAGGAACGCCUUCUCGUCUACGAUUACUUCCCCAAUGGCAGCCUUUUCUCUCUCAUUCACGGAUCAAGAACUACAGGUGGUGGAAAGCCUCUUCACUGGACAUCAUGCCUUAAAAUAGCUGAGGACCUAGCAACUGGUCUGCUCUACAUUCACCAGAACCCUGGCCUGACCCAUGGGAAUUUAAAAUCCUCUAAUGUCUUGCUGGGUUCUGACUUUGAGUCCUGCCUCACAGAUUACGGCCUCACAUCAUUCCGUGAUCCUGACUCACUUGAAGAACCCAGUGCCACUUCCCUAUUUUAUAGAGCACCUGAAUGCCGUGACAUUCGAAAGCCAUCUACACAACAAGCUGAUGUCUACAGCUUUGGCGUCCUCCUCUUGGAACUUCUAACUGGCAAAACACCUUUUCAGGACCUUGUUCAGGAACACGGUUCAGAUAUACCUAGGUGGGUUAGGUCAGUCCGUGAAGAAGAGACUGAGUCAGGGGAUGAGCCUGCCUCUGGUAAUGAGACAUCUGAGGAGAAACUCCAGGCUCUCUUGAACAUUGCAAUGGCUUGUGUCUCACUUGUUCCAGAGAACCGGCCUACCGCGAAAGAUGUUUUAAAGAUGAUCAGAGAUGCCAGGGCAGAGGCUCAAGUGUCAUCCAACAGUAGUGAUCACUCGCCCGGAAGAUGGUCAGAUACUGUUCAGAGCUUGCCUAGGGAAGGCCAUUUGAGCAUUUGAUUGCAUACCAAACUAAGAGAUGCAAGGGCAGAGGCUCAAGUAUCAUCCAAUAGUAGUGAUUAUUGAGUGCAAAGAUGGCUGGUUACUGUUCUGAGGCCGCAUGGGGAAGAACAUUCGAGCAUCGGAAUAUAUACCAAACCCGAAUUAUUAUAUGAGGAAUUCUGAUUCUUUUUACGAAUUGAACUGCGAUUCUUCAACUAGGCAUUGUAGAGUGUACUGGUGUAAAGGUGUUCUUUUGAUCUUUUGGGCUAAGUCAUGAGCUGACUGACAUUUAAAGAUUCUAUUGUUGAUCGAGUUAGAAGAUUGUAUUACUUACUUGAAAUCCCAAUUUUACGUUUGGGGGC